UCCCAAUCAUACAAUAUUCAUACAAGUUUCAUCUUUUACUUAUAGGGUGUUCCUUGAAGCUUAUCACCGAUAUAUACUUUUCAUUGAUAUUACCAGUCACAUAACAGCUUUAUGGGAUUUUCGUGAGAAUUAAUUCCUUUCUUGUCUUCGGAGUAAAGUCCAAAUUUAUUUUAUUCUAUCAUUAUAAUUCACACAAAAAUAUAGAAUUAUGUUUUCUAAUAUUCAGUAUUUAAUAUCAUGUUCUCUAAUAUUGAAAUCCGUACUGAUCAACGUUUAUCUUCAACUACAUGUAAUACUCGAUCGUAAUGAGCGUGGAUAUUGACCAUGAUGAACGUACUGGUAAUCAGUAAGAUUAGGCAAUCCAAAAGAGCUGAAACAAAACAAAACUUCUAAUUAUAUUACAUUAGUGUAAUAAAACAUAAUAAACUAAUUAAAUAGGAAUUUUCUGAACACUGUAUGUAUUACAAUACAUAUAUAUUGAAUUGGUAAAUCUCCCACUCUUUAACUCUUAAACAUAGAGGAGGAGGGGAUUCUUAGCUUCUUUCUGUCUCUCACGCCCCUUGCCUGCUAAUAAAUAAAAUAUUAACCGAUGAUUAAUGCAAAGACAUUAUUCGAGAAUGCGUAAAGAAGCAGAUACAAGUGUAUAACAGUGAAUUCAUUGUAUAAUAGUUGCAAUAUUCAUGCUAUAUCCAGAAGAAACAAUAAGAAGAGUUGUCUUAAAUCUAUUUUAUGAAGUAUUUAUUUGUGCGUUCGUAAUACACGUAUAUAUGAUAUAAGAGAUCUUGUGCACUAAGGGUUGUUUUAAAGGAUUAUAUAUUUGCUAAUUGGUUCAUCGCUAUCCUAUUACAAUGAUUCAACUACGACAUCAGAUUUUGUUCUGUGGAAGCAUGUUGAAUCAACUUCAAAUUAAUAUCAAAAGGAACUCAUCAUCUUUACAAAUUAGAGAUAGAAAAGCAGUACAAUCAGAACGUUCUUUUAAGUAUGCAGAUCUAACAGUCCGUCUUGCAGGACCAAAUCAAUUGCAACCAAAACCAGACGUCAGUGCUUUAGCAUUUGGCAAAUAUUUUACAGAUCAUAUGUUAAAAAUAUUUUAUUAUGAAGCAUUAGGAGGCUGGCAAAUACCAGAAAUUACUCCUUUGGAAAAUUUAGUCCUUCAUCCAGCAUCGAAAGUUCUUCACUAUGCUAUACAAUUGUUUGAAGGUUUCAAAGCUUACAGAGGAGUAGAUGGAAAAAUUAGAAUAUUUAGACCAGAACUAAAUAUGGAACGAAUGAACAAUUCAGCAAUAAGAACUGGUUUACCUACAUUUAUUGGAGAAGAGUUAAUUAAAUGUUGCUGUAGAUUAAUUAGUAUUGAUCAAGAAUGGGUACCUCAUUCUACUGCUUCUAGUCUUUAUAUACGUCCAACACUUAUAGGAAUAGACCCUGCACUUGGCGUAGCCUCUUCAAAAUCUGCUUUGCUCUAUGUUAUUACGUCACCUGUGGGUUCUUAUUUUAAAAAAACGAACGAAAACGUUGGUAUUUCUUUAUUAGCUAAUCCUCAAUAUACAAGAGCAUGGCCAGGUGGUUGUGGUAAUUAUAAAAUGGGUAGCAAUUAUGGGCCUACUAUAUAUGUACAAAAAGAAGCUGUAGAGAAGGGUUUGCAACAAGUACUAUGGCUUUAUGGAGAAGAUAAUGAAAUAACUGAGGUUGGGACUAUGAAUAUCUUCAUGUUCUUUAUAAAUGAUGAUGGUGAAAAAGAAUUAAUAACACCACCCUUAACAAGUGGUUUAAUUCUUCCUGGAAUUGUAAGAAAUUCUAUUUUAGCAUUAGCUACAGAAUGGAACGAAUUCAAAGUUAGUGAAAGGAAAUUUUGUAUGGAUGAAGUUUGUCAGUUGCUUUCAGAAAACAAAUUGUUAGAAAUGUUUGGAGCAGGAACAGCAUGCACAGUUAGUCCUAUAUCUUACAUAGAAUAUGCUGGACGACCAUUACAUAUACCAACAAUGAAACACUCUAAUCCUAUAUAUAAAAUGUUAUUAAAACAUUUAUCUGAUAUACAAUAUGGUGUUAUAUCAGACCAUCCUUGGGCUAUACCGAUUGAAUGAAAAUAGAAUAAUUAAUUUGAGUAUUUAUUACACAAUGGUAAACAUGAGUGAUUUUCUUGCAAUUUUUAACAUUGAUUGCAAAUGAUAUUAACAUUAUUCAACAUAUCACAAUUUUGUUGUUAAUUUCAUGUGAAUGUUGUGAAUUUUUAUUUAUUUAUACGCAAAGCCAAUCUUGUUUAAAGAGAUUUAAGAAAUGAAUACGUAUUGAAGAUCAAACUUGGGGAUUAAUUGUUUAUUAUACAAGACAAAACAAUUUUUUAAUACUGAGUUUCAAACUCAUAUGUGCGUGUAUGAGUAUAUGUGUGCUGUGUUGAAUGACAGAAUUUGUAGAAUUUGUACACAUAAUUCCUGUAUAAAAUAUAAACAUAUUGUGCAUUUUUUUUCAUUUACUAUCUUAUAUAAUUUUAGUAAUUCCAUUAUGGUGUAAAUUUAAUGUUCUAUCUAAUUGAGAAGGCCAACAAGAAAAAGAAUGUGUUACAGAACUCUUUUUCUAUUUAAUAGACACUAGAUCCAAAUAUAAUUUUAUACUUCUAUAUAAUCUGAAUCUAGAACUAGAAAAGAAACUGUAUUAUCUCAAUAAAAAUAUAAAUUUACAAAUAAUAAAAAAUAGAUAUUUAUUUAUUGAAAUAUUGCAAAUGAAGACAAUUAUUUAAAAUUUUAUUUAGAAAAAUAACUUCUGAACAUAUUUCUUGGUUUGAAGGUGACAUUUCAAUUUUACCAGAAAAUUCAUUCAGAAUAGAAUAGUAGAUUGUAACAGGGGAAACAUAAUGGUUUGAAAAUCCCUGCAAAAUAUGGAAAAUGCAUAUAAUGUUUUUCUGUUAUGAUUUGGAAAUUAUUUUAUUAGUUUAUAAUACAAAUUUAUUUAUAAGUUGUUCCGUUCCCUAAUAUUAUACAAUAUUAUACAAUAAUGUUAAUAUUUAAUGUUGAAUUGUACUUAUAAUUCGUAGUUCAUCUAUAAAAUUUCCAAGACAUCUUUCUCUGUGUUGGUAGUCUGUGACAUUAUAUAAAAGAUCUUAAAGAAAAUUUCUUCUAAGAAUUAAAUCUUUUAACAAGAAAAAAUCAUGUACGCAAUUCAGAAUACAGUUAGAAGAGCACCAAGAUUAUUAAAUAUAUGUCAAAAUCAACGUAGAACUAUUCUUGGUACACCACCAAGGGUUAGAAUACCUCUGGCUGAAAAAAUUGUACUUGGAAUGGUCUUUUGGGUUGGAUCUAUGGCAUAUCCAUUAUAUGUUUCAUGUAAUUUAAACAAAUGGAAUAACCGUACAUUUUAAAAAUUUUAUAUACAAUCAUAAAUUAUAAGCUGAUUGUAUAGUAGAAUGUACAUUAUGAAAUAAAUAUAAAAUUAAGUAAA